AUGGAUCAACAGGGCCUACGCGGUCGUUCCCCGUCUGCGGGGCAUCAACAGCCUCAUAUAAGACACCCGUCGCAUUCUCCGUCUCCGAACCCGUUCCAGCCCAACACCGAAGCAGCUUCAAUUGGUCUCGGUCUCGGCUUGGAUCAGUCUGCUACUCAAGCCUUCAACGGGGCCGCCUCCGCCGACUUCUCUAGCUUCAAUAACAAUAACAACUUCCUCAACGGCCAGCAGCCCGGACAGCAAUCUUACAACCAACCCGGUGCCGCCUUCACGAACCAGGGCCAGGCCAACUUCCUUGAUCCCAACUUCCCCUCGGGCGACUUCGCCUUGUUCCCCAGCGCAGGCCAGGGUGAUAACCAGUUCAAUACCGGCGUCUUCGAACAGAGCCUCGGCUCUGACAUGAACAAUAUGGCCAUGCCUCAGAGUCACCACUCACCCACUCCUCCGCACCUCCUCAACCCGGAUCCCCACCAGACGCCCUCCGCGCGCCAGUCUCCCGCCUUCAACCAGCACCAGUUCUCCUCGCCGCCGUCGGGUCACUCCAGGCAUGCCUCACUUGGCCCCGAAGCCGCUCUCCUGCCGAAUCAGCUGAACGAAUGGAGCCAGCCCCAGUUCCAGGGCCAUAGGAGAUCUCCUUCCGAGUACUCGGACGUUUCGUCGGCUGCCCCUUCCCCGAACCUCGUGAGUGCCGACAGCUUCGAUGGCAUCGACCAGCGUCAUUCGCCGAUGCAGCGGCCUUCGGACGCCGGCCUUUACCAGCAGAUUGGCUUCGACAACUUUACCAUCUCGGACCCCGCUCUCAGCAGUCCCAACCUGCAAGCUCGAAGCCCGUCGCAUAGUCCAGCCAUCUCCCCGCGCAUUCUUCCCCAGUCGAUGCCCGAGCUGAACCAGCCGCAGAACUUUGGCCUAGGGAACCAAAAUGCAGGCUUUGUCGGCGGUAAUGGCUACACCGGGCAGGAGGCGUUCCCGACGCUGCAGCAACCGGAGAUGCCCCAGGUGGCACCAGCCAUCAACAUCGAGUUUGCGCCUACUGCGAGGCAGAACAACUUUGAGCCUCCCAAGAACCAGAUGGAUCAGGAUUCUUUGACUCCUCCAGAGCGAGUUACGGACCCUUUCAACACUUCCGCUGGAGGCAUGGCGCGCCAAAGCUCGAUGGGCAGCUUGUCGCCUCAUUUAGGGUCUGACCUGUCUGGUCGCGACUCGUCCCGAUCCCUCUCUCCGCUCGACCGAGGAGCCACAAGCCCCAACCGCAGGCGGCAGUCAACGUCGGCCGUGCCGAAUAACGUGAUUGCGCUUAGGCUGGCGGACCCCGAGUAUCAGAACUCUCAGGACAACGGCAAUGCGAAACGUGUACAGAAGCACCCGGCUACCUUCCAGUGCACUCUGUGUCCGAAACGCUUUACCAGAGCUUACAACCUGCGAUCCCAUUUGCGAACCCACACAGACGAGCGUCCCUUUGUCUGCACAGUUUGCGGAAAAGCGUUUGCUCGCCAACACGACCGGAAGAGACACGAGGGUCUGCACUCUGGCGAGAAGAAGUUUGUCUGCAAGGGAGAUCUCAAAGCGGGCGGCCAAUGGGGUUGCGGUCGGAGGUUCGCGCGUGCCGAUGCGCUUGGUCGACACUUCCGGUCGGAGGCGGGGCGAAUCUGCAUCAAACCCCUGCUGGACGAAGAAAUGCUCGACAGACAACGUGCCUGGCAGGAGCAGCGGAUGCAACAGCAAAACAUGCAAAACAUGGCGGCCCAGGGCGCCAUGGGCAUGGAACCAGGCUACCCCAUGGACGCCAGCGGACAGUACAUGCUGCCAGCUGCCCUGCUUGCUCAAUACCCGGCGCUGGCUCAGAUGAAUUGGUCAGCGCAGGACGCUAGCAGUGGUCUCGAAGAUGAUAUAUCGGGUCGGUCGUCUUUCGAUGCUAGUGACUACGAAGGCGACGAAGGCGGUUAUGUUAGCGGACCCGGUACAGGGUUCGGCGAGGGGGGCAUGGGCCAAAACUUUGGCGAAGUUGGUUAUGCCAGUGAUUAUGGUGGUCGGUAA